AUGUCUGAGGAUGCGGUGGCGGCAGCCGCGACGGCCGCCGAUGUCCUCCAGAACACCCCUAUCCCCGAGGCAGAGGCUCCUCAACGUCGGCCGGCCUCGAAGUGCAGCCGCUCGGUCCCGCGACUAGCGUGGCACAAACCCCCUACGAACCCUCCAGCGGCUGUGCCCCGAGCUCCCGAAUCAGACUUGGACGUGGACCGGAAAGAUGGCCUCUUGGGGGACGCGUCGAAAGGUGUCGCGAAUACAGUGGCCGCCGCGACGCCUGCCGCCAAUUCCCUACUUGACCAAUUACCCACCACCCACUCCGCCGCCCAACACUCGAUGCCGCCGCCUAGUCUCCCCGUUCCUCCCUCACCGAUAAAACGAGCCGCAUCCCCCGCGCCCGAAGAACCUGCCCCGAAGCGCAUAAAGACGGAGCCCAUAGACGAAACAAGCGUCCUCUCCCCGAGCCCUCUGAGCAGUCAGGCGAACGCGAUGCUUACCACCGCCGCCCCCGUCUCCUUACCAUCUCCGGCUGUAUCAGCCGCCCCUACCAUGACGGCAGCCGUGGCUGCAGUUGGAGCCUCACCCGUCGCCGCACCCGUAGCCAUCCCCUCUGUACCCCAAACCCUUCCAGCCGCCCCCUCUACUCCCCUUCCCUCUAUCGAAAAGUCGCCGUCCGUGAAGCUUGAGCCGGGCAAGGAGACUGCCACCCCAGAGCCAGCCAAAGAACAACCAACCCCAGACUCGCAAGCACCCACGCCCAGGGCUGCGGCACACCCGAGGAAACGUAGGAGAAUGCUCGAGGCACCUGCCCAGGCGCUUCGCGGCAUGAACAUGCAGCUCUUGGGUAUAACGGCUGUCCAAGUUCUCGAGUGGCUAUCGCAAGAGCCUUUUGAAGAGUCCAUCGACGCUCUGCGGGACCUAGACUCGGAUUUUUACGCCUCGUAUAGCUUCAAAGUUACGCAGUUUGAGCAGGCGUGGAGGAAUUUCUCUCAGACCGAGGAGGACUUACUUGAGUGGCGAAAGCUCGGUCUCGACGAUCAGAAACACCGGAAGACGGUGCGGCUGGCAAAUCUCACGCGGUUUGGCAUCGACUUGUUUUCCGAGGAUGAGACAUAUCUCCCUACCCUUCACGACCGGUUCUUCAAGGUGUUUGUCUAUGGCACGAGAAAGUUCACCAUCGACCAUUCCAACCUACUGCUGGAACUCAAGACCCAGCUAGCGCUGUACCUCUUGACGGAAAACAAGACGGAAAAGACGCCAACCGAUGUAUUACACGAGGCCUUUGUCGAGGGGCUCGAGGCAAAGCUCAAGGAACGGAGCUGGAACCUGGACAGUUUCGACGAUGAGUACGCCAUGUUGACCUCGGCAGAGAUUAGAAUGUCACUCUUACUUCAAGAAUAUGAGGAGAGUGGCAAUAACGCCCAAGUGCUCAUGGACCGAUAUCCUCCCGAUUCUUUACUACGGCAGCUGGGAUCCUAUAUUCACGGCGAGCUCGUAGCGCAUGCCGAUCAUUGCCAGACCCUCGCGGUGAGCGCUAGAACGGUCGGAAAGCAGCAGGUUGUGACGCAUCGUAGCGUCUCGCUCCAGGACGAUGAUGACUACUGGCAGAAGACGAGUGGUUUCAUCGCCGACCAAGUCAAGGCUCUCUUGGCCGAGGUCAAAGACCCGAAACCCGCGGCGGCCGAUACGAAAACGGUUGAAGCCACAUCCGGAGCCCAGAGCGCCACUCCUGCCACUACUCCGGCGGCUACUCCUGCAGCCACUCCAGCAGGCGCGGAGGCGCAGGCAUCCACGGCGGGCAACACGCCGCAGCCUCAGGAAGCCGCGGCUUCGGCACCGAACGCCGAUGUGAAGCCCUUGAGCGAGGCGGUGCUAAACGGUAUCGGCACGGAACUUGGGCUCAUUCGUCAGUUCAUCAACCAAAAGAUCACCGUCCGAGAGGCCGAACUUGCUCGAGCUUCCUUGCCUGCCACAACUGCUCCGGCACCGGCGCCAGUCCACCACGAUGCCACAGCGCAAAACCUCUAUCUUCUCAAGACGGCGCAACUCCCUCAAGCGCAGCAACCGCCGUUUGCUCACCAACUCCCAGGGGCCACCGCUCCUGGGCAAGCUCCCACCGGACCUCCUCUGGUACCCAUGCCUGGCCAUGCCCAGGCCCACCUCCAAGGGCACGCGCUACCACACGGCGGCCUCCCUCAGGUUCCCAACCACGGGCCCGGCCUUGCCCCAGGCCACGGACGAGGAACGGCGGCACCCGGAGAACUACCACCCAACCAAACAUGCCCUACUUCGAUACUCUACGACAAGGCAAGGCAAGCAGCGCUUUCCAAGUCGACGGCGCAUACGCGAAGGGAAGGCAUACAUUCGACUCGUCGGCCCUGGACUCCCGAAGAAGAAAAGGCCCUUAUGACUGGCCUGGACAUGGUCAAGGGACCGCACUGGAGUCAAAUUUUGAGCUUGUUUGGUCCCAACGGUACCAUAUCCGAUGUUUUGAAGGACCGCACGCAGGUCCAGCUCAAGGACAAGGCGCGAAACCUGAAACUGUUCUUCCUCAAGACGCAGUCCGAAAUGCCAUACUACCUGUCUGCUGUUACAGGUGAACUAAAGACGCGUGCUCCCAAUCAAGCCGCCCGCAAGGAGGCGGAGGAGCGGGCGAGGUUGAGCAGAGAGGAGGACCAGGCCAAGGCGCAAGGUCUCCUCGGGGUCUUUCCGGAAAUAUGCACAACCCCGGCCAAGUCGGCGCGCAAGGCCAGGCAACCGCCGCAAGCUUGGCGCGGCAGCAGCCAUCGGGGUCGUCACGCCCGCGCAAGCCGCCCUCGCCGCCCAGAUCACGACGCCGGCUAUGGCACAGGGCCAAGCUCAAUCGGCGGCGGCCCAGAGACCCUACAGGCGUCUCCGGCCACCUCGAAUACCCCCUCGGCGCAUGGGCCGACGCCAAACUCUACGCCGGUGACGGUUACGCCAUCCCCUAGGCCGGUGACCACGCCGGCGGCCGCUAUGCAGAACGCUACGGCCGCUUCCACCGCGGCACAACCCGGCGCCUCCCACGCCAGCGGCCCCUGCUGCAACGCCGGCUCCUCCGCAUUUCCCCGCCCAUUCGGCGCCGGCUUUGCCUGUCCAGGCCCAAGCAGCCCAGCAAGGGGCGGCAACGGCGCCGCCGCAGAGCAGACCCUCAGGCGGCGCCCCGAGGCCGGUUCAGACGCCAGCCCAGGCGUCGGCCGUGCAUGCAUCGGCGCAGGUCCCGGCUCCCGCGCCGAGGGCCGCGCCGACUACGCCGGCAACAGCGGCUGCUGCGUCGGCCACGACGGCCGCGACCGCGAUGGCUUCUAUCCCGGCACCAAUCUCGACACCUGGGAUGAUGCAACCCAUCAAGAUGCCGAACCUGCCACUUUCCGCGUCGACCCUGACGAAUUUCCCGCCUUCGACGUCCUCGGCGCACCAGAACGCGCUCCACUCGCUCGCGACGUCGCGCAUCUCGACGCCGCCGGUGACGCUGUCGCAGUCGUUCCCGACAUCGACGAUACCGGCGAAUCUGUUCUCGCGAGUGACGGAGGCGGAGGCGACCAACGCGGCGCUUCUCGAGAGGCUGCGGGCCGAGAUGACCAAGGAGGCGAGGUCGAGCUAGAGGCAUAUCCUUCCGAAACCAUCCGAGGCAACGGCGAGGGAAAUCGUGGCGGAGCAGACCUUGUCGAGGCGUACGGCGGGAUGCGGGCUGCCGUCGCCACAUCAGGAGUCGCGCCACCGCUCAACCAGGCCAGGGCCAUGGGGUGGUUCGGCAGCAGGAUUACCUACGACGGCGCGCCGUCCCCGUCCCCGCGGUCGAGGACGAAGCAGACGCAAGCCGCCCAGCGAGUCCAGUGCGGGUGGAACAGCAACGGGUGGACGUGCAAGUACGCGAGGGCCAACGUGCUCAUCAACAACACGCGCGUGGCGUGCAGGUUUUGCCGUUUUCACCAGUGCAAGAAGAACGGGGGAUGCUCCCUGCGGCGUACCCACGGCCGGAGGGUUUCCGUUUUGCCAGAACCACACGCGGUGCACGGCAACUUCGGGCGGAGCAAGGUGUACCAACUACGUCAAGGGAAUGAAUGCGAACAACAAAGACGACUGCGAAAACCCGCGCACCAUCGACAACGACGUCGACCUCAAAUACUGCACCGACCACCGCUGCGCCGCCCCGGGUGCAAGAAGGAGAGCGGGCCCAAGGCCGUCUUCUGCCCCGGACACACGUGCGAGGGCGCCAGCUGCGCAGCGUACGCCCGGGGCGGGGGCGACCCGGGCUCGUGGGAGCGGUACUGCGACCGGCACCGGGUGUGCAUGAGCGAGGGUGCGACCGGCUCUGCCACAUCCACGAGGACGGCAUCGCGUCGAAGCGCCGCGGAGCGAGGGGGCGCGUCGACGUUUUGCAAGAGCCACGAGUGCAAGGCGGCCGGGUGCUUCUUCAAGAAGCGUCGGGGCGACUGGUGUCCGGAGCACAUACUCGGCCACCAUUUGCGGAUUCGGAAGCUGCGAGCAAAAGUAGUCACGUCCCGCAGCUUCUGCCCGGCGCACCUCUGCACCAUCCGCGAGUGCACCAACCCCGUCACGGGCACGCCGAGCGCCCUCUGCGCGGUACACAAGUGCUCGCUACCGCACUGCAUCGCGCCGCGGUGGGUGCUCCCGGCGCACCACCCGGCGCUGAUGCCCAGCUACGCAGCCAUGAUGGGCGCCGCCGCCGCCGCAUCCUCAUCCGCCGCUCUUGUUAUUGCGCCCUCGCCUUACUGCGUCCAGCACGCGUGCAGCUACCCGACCUGCGCCGAGAGAGCCGAGCCCGAAACCCAGCGGUGCCGCGACCAUACCCGCUGCCGCCGGGACGGGUGUCCCCGGUUCCCGGACCGCGCGGGGAACUCGACGUAUUGUCCGGAUCACCGCCCGACGCACAGCUACCACCUCGACGGCCUCCGACCGGCGGUGGAGCUUCUCGAGGGACCUUUCGACAACUGCCAUGCCUAUAAGGUGGCCAUAUGCGACCCUAGAUGA